AGCUCGCGAGUAUGAUGAUGAUCCGCCAACCCGGGCGGUGGCGAUUGAUGAACUGUCCGAGGGAGGUUGUUUUUGUCGUUAUCGUAUAGGCUUAUCGCGGCAGGUGCCCCGUGCCACCACGUACGGCGACGACGACGCACCGCUGCCCAUGUUGUCCGGGAUAAUUAGUUUGAAGAAGGGUACCAAUCAUGUUGUGGUCGGUCAUGGCGGGGGUAGAGAGAGGAUGUCGACUGCUGCAAGUAUGUAGAUUAGAUGUUGGUCGAAGAACGACCUCGAAAGGAAAGUGCGAGUUGUUGUUCAAGGGCGCACAUUAUCCGCGCGACGGCCAAGUCACCGACCGAAAGGGAGGGGAGGGAUAUUUGAUGAUACUGUGUAUAAAAGCCCCUGGAGCCGGGGACAUGAAUCACAAACCAUCUGUGAACAUUGAUAACGCAAGGUUCCUGACCAGCUGCUGUCGUCGGUCGGUGGUCUAGAGUGUGUGUGAUAACGGGGCGAAAGGAUUAGGGGAUAGUGUGCAACCGAGUUGAUGUGGCCAUGAGGACGUUGAUUGAAGUGCAAACUUUGUAGAACAGAGUGUUAUCCUGGACUGAAGUGUGUCCGUUAAUUGAAAGUACUCGUAAAGUGAUUCGGUUUAUAGCUCGGCAACAGGUGGCUAUCGAGUGAAGGAGAGCAAAGUGUGGAAGUGCUCUGAUUAGGUUGUGCGUAGAUCAGAUUGUCAGGGUUAAACAUGAUUCCACGAAGAUCCAAUGCGGCGGCGGCGGUGGUUAUCCUGUUGCUGGCAGGUGUUGUUGCCCUAAGCCAAGCUGACGACGGUGGUGUUGGCUCCAGCCCCAGUGCACCGAACAAGUUGGAUGAUUACGUGCUUACUACCCAGUCCGAGUGCUAUAAAUCGAAGCGGUUGGUGUCCUGUUUCAAGUAUCGGAUUUCGCGCUACAUUUGGUCGUUCGCGUCCGGCCGUAUGAACUGGUUGCUGUCGGAGGAUAAAGCCUACGAGGGUGGCAACGGGCUGCGGUUAGUGAGACUAAACGAGCCACAGGAGGACGACGUGUUCCCGGAGGCACGGCAGAUUUUACCGCACGACAACGAAAUCAUGAAGGCAGCCAAAUUUCUGCAACGUUCGCUGAACACAUUCAUCGCCGCCCACGGCGUACGGAUCGGCAUGGGCUCGGACAGUGGCGCCCGGUUCUUCGACGACGUGGACAACUUCGACGGCCGGGGCAAGAAGAAGAAGCGGUGGAACAUGAUCCUGCCGUUGGCGCUGAUGCUGAAGCUGGUGCACAUGAAGCUGCUGCUCAAGCCCAUCCUGCUCGGUGUCGGUUUGAUCCAGGUGCUGCUCAUCGCCGGCGGUCUUAUUAUAUUCAAUUACUUCCGGCACAGCAGCAUCUGCCGGCUGCAGCCACAUGUGGUGCACUCGCACUCGCACAUCGCCAGCGAAUCGUCACCGGAGAUUUCCUAUUCCGCCUACGGAGCUUAUCCAUCGUACUCGGCCUCACCGUACAACGCUUACAGCAAGGAUUGGGCCACCAACCGGGCCUACAGUGCGUACAGCUUCCUGGAUGCCAUCGACAAUCACAAAAUCUAAUAAUGGCACCCAAAAUGGCGUGCCCCAGUUCAAAAUAGGAAAUCCAGGGGAUCAUCCAGUGUUCCAGUACUAACUCAAUCAAAACCCUUACUAAUGCUGAAUUUCCAUCCAAUUGACGUAUUUCUGUGUUCAUCUUAACUCUCUAUCUGCUCAAUCACUUCAUCUAACUAAGUCUUUUCUACAUAAUUUACCCUUUCCAAACUCUUCAUCUUGAUUUCCGAUCCAAAUAUUUACCUAAUCUAUCAUCCACUUCACUCUACCAUUAUUUUUCAUCCUCCCCUCUCACCAGCAUUGCUAGUCUCAGAUCCCACGUAGAAGAUUAUACUAUAAACGCACUUUCGAAAGCGCCGCUUCCAUUUUCCUUCUGGAAAUGUAAGUGUUUGCUUGAGGAUGACGACGGUAGCUCUAAAGAGCACAAUCUAUUUAUUUAUAUUUAUUUAUCGAAUUAUUUAUUUUCCUUAUGAAAUCAAGCGUGGAUGGCAAAGGCAAGGAAGCGUAAGCCCAUCCUCCCGUUCCCCCCAGCAGCGCCCCCCCCAACUUAGUUUGUACACUUAAUAGCCGAAAUACAAAGCCGACGCAAAACUCAAGCUCAGCUGUUAUCUGUAGGGUAGUGAAUCUCCAUGAGCAAAUAAAAUGACAAGCAUGAAAAAUA